AUGGGUCAAACACUCUCGGAGCCGGUAACGGUAAAGUCAUUUCAGCAAAAGCGGCAGCACAAGGGUGAACUUUGGGAAGAGACGGAGGCGCAGCAUACUUCCGUCGGCGAAGAUGACACCAUGGCCUACGCCAUCUCGGAGAUGCAAGGAUGGAGAAUCAGCAUGGAAGAUGCUCACGCUACCGUGCUGAACCUUGACGAAAAGACUGGCGACGAGAAGGCCAGCUUCUUCGCAGUGUAUGAUGGCCACGGAGGUUCGGAAGCGGCAAAGUAUGCUGCGACCGCUGUGCACGAAGUCCUGGCGAAGAACAAGGCAUACAAGGAAGGCAAUUAUGCGCAAGCUUUGAAGGAGGCCUUCUUGAACGCCGACGAGGGCUUCUACAAUGAUCGUGACGGCGACCCUUCUGGAUGCACAGCCACUACCACUCUGCUCGUGGCGGGCCCGCCCAACAAAGACUCAAAGCAAGACAAAGUUGCUCGUCAGAUCGUCUGCGCCAACGCUGGUGACUCUCGCACAGUGCUGGGUCUUAGGGGUGAGGCUAAGCCUCUGUCGUAUGAUCACAAGCCUGGAAACAAGGAAGAGAAUGCUCGAAUUGUUGCCGCUGGAGGCUUUGUUGAGUUCGGCAGGGUGAACGGUAACCUGGCGCUCUCUCGCGCCCUGGGAGAUUUCGAAUUCAAGCGCAACGACUCUCUCUCGAAGGAGGCUCAAAUCGUCACCGCAGACCCCGAAAUCAUCGUCCACGAUAUUACGGGCGAAGAGGAGUUCCUGAUCCUGGCGUGCGAUGGUAUCUGGGACUGUCUCAGCAACCAACAAGUCGUCGACUUUGUGCGGAGGGAGAUUGCCAAGGGCAGGGAGCUCCGGGAUAUCUGUGAAGAGGCCAUGGACAGGUGUUGUGCUCCCGAUAGCGAAAUUGGCGGAGUGGGCUGUGACAACAUGACCAUUUGCAUCAUUGCUCUCCUAGGCGGACGGACCAAGGAGGAGUGGUACCAAUGGGUCAAGGAGCGGGUGGACAACAAGGUCGGAUGGGACACUCCCGAGAGCAUUGCCCCCGUCUUCAACUCUCCUCCGCGUCAAGCAAACAACGGCGGCAGCGGUGGUGCCGGAGGUCCCGGUGGCAUCAACAGCGGCAAUGUUCUGCAGGCCCUUGCCAGUGGACUGGCCGGUGUGGGCGGCCAAGGCGGUGAAGGUCAAGACGGCAGCGGAGGCAAUGGAGGUCUGCGUCUUGCACCUGGAGGUCUGGCCGCUGCCCUCGGUGGUGGUCGCUUCGUGCUGCGUCCGGGAGAGCCGGAUGAGAAGGGCGAGAUGACAUACGAGGCGCACGUGGUGGACGAAGACGACUCCGAGGACGGCGACGAGGAUGAAGACGACGAGGAGCAAGGCAGCAGCAGCAGUAGCAGCAAAGGUGUGGCAGAAGGCUCGGACGCAGAGAGGCCGGCGCUUACACAUCAGCCCGAGAUCGUCGAAACGCCUGGACAUGCUGCGCAGGAGGGCAAGGGCAAUACGGGCACUACCAACUUUACGAGUGGAGGAAGCAACGUCUCUUCUACUUCGUCCAAGGGGGAUGCAUACUCUUCGUCGCCGAUGAACCCCACGAAGCCGCAGGUGGAGGUGCGACCUUCGACGGAGGGCACUGGAGCGGAGAAGCAGCAGCAAGCCCAGGAGGGUGGUGAUAAGAUGGAACUUUAG